AACAAAACCGGAGCCCAAGUUCUUGUUAUCCAAUCAAAGCUUGGCCGCAUUCGGUUACCUUCAUAUCUCAACGUCUCAUUUCAGUUUACACUGUUUACUAUUCUUAUUCAGAGGUUGAAAGUUUCGUGGUGAAGAUGGGAGUACCGAAAUUUUACCGAUGGAUUUCUGAGCGUUAUCCUUGUCUCAGUGAAGUUGUCAAAGAACAUCAGAUUCCAGAGUUUGACAAUCUUUAUCUGGACAUGAACGGCAUCAUCCAUCAGUGCUCUCACCCCAACGAUGAAGAUGUCCACUUUAGAAUAUCUGAGGAAAAGAUUUUUGCUGACAUCUUCCAUUACUUGGAGGUGCUCUUCAGGAUCAUCAAGCCACGCAAGGUCUUCUUCAUGGCCGUUGACGGUGUGGCGCCACGGGCAAAGAUGAACCAACAGAGAGGACGCAGAUUCAGGUCCGCCAAAGAAGCAGAGGAUAAAAUAAAAAAAGCACUAGAUAAAGGAGAGGUACUUCCCACAGAAGCUCGCUUCGAUUCUAACUGCAUAACUCCCGGCACUGAUUUCAUGGCGAGACUUCAAGAGCAGCUCAAGUACUUUGUCCACAACAAACUCUCCACUGACAAGAUGUGGCAGAACGUCAGAGUCUACUUGUCUGGUCAUGAGACGCCAGGGGAGGGAGAACACAAGAUCAUGGAGUUCAUACGCUCUGAGAACGGCAAACCCAGUCACAAUCCCAACACCCGACACUGCCUGUAUGGCCUGGACGCGGACCUGAUCAUGUUGGGUUUAACCAGCCACGAGCCUAAUUUUUCCCUGCUCAGAGAGGAGGUCCGCUUUGGAGGGAAGAAGUCCCAGAAAAGGAUAACAGCUCCAGAGGAGACGACAUUUCACCUGCUCCACUUGUCUCUGAUGAGGGAAUACAUAGACUAUGAGUUCUCAGAUCUAAAGAAACACUUGGGUACUGAUUAUGACCUGGAGCGAGUAAUAGAUGACUGGAUCCUAAUGGGCUUCCUUGUUGGAAAUGAUUUCAUCCCUCACCUUCCUCAUCUUCACAUUAACCACGAUGCUUUGCCUUUGUUGUACAAGACUUACAUCAGUGUGCUACCCAGCCUGGGCGGUUAUCUGAAUGAGAAUGGUCACUUAAACCUCAGAAAUUUUGAGAAGUACCUGCAGAAACUUGCUGAGUUUGACCGGGAACAUUUUAGUGAGGUUUUUGUGGACUUGAAGUGGUUUGAGAGUAAAGUCGGUAACAAAUAUCUGAAUGAGUCGGCCGGUCUGGCAGCCGAGAGAGAAGCUGCCAGUAAAGAAGCCAACAAGAACGAGGAAUCUGCCCUCAGUCUCUCUGCCGUCACCCCCUCCGAAAAAAAGAUUGCUGGGGGAAAAGAGUUGGCUGCAGACGAGGAUGAAGAGGACGACAUGUUUGAAACGGAAUUCCGACAGUACAAGCGCAUGUACUAUAUGUCCAAGAUGGGCGUGGACGUGGUGUCUGAUGAGUUUCUGGCAGCACAAGCUAAGUGUUACGUGGAAGGUAUCCAGUGGAUUCUUCACUAUUAUUACCAUGGAGUUCAGUCCUGGAGCUGGUACUACCCUCACCACUAUGCUCCGUUCCUGUCUGACAUCAGGAAUAUUUCUGAGCUGAAGCUGACCUUUGACUUUGGAAAACCCUUCAUGCCCUUCCAGCAGUUGUUGGCAGUGUUGCCUGCUGCCAGCAUGGCACUGCUGCCUGAAUGCUACAGGCACCUGAUGACCAGUGAAAACUCUCCCAUUAUUGAGUACUAUCCUCUGGACUUCAAAACGGACCUGAAUGGCAAACAGCAGGAGUGGGAAGCUGUGGUGCUCAUUCCCUUCAUAGAUGAGAGGUGCCUGCUAGCAGCCAUGGAGCCGUUCAACGAAAAGAUGACACAAGAGGAGAAAAACAGGAAUCGACACACAGAGUGCGCCGUCUAUUCGUAUGACCCAGAAGUGGACUUCACAUACCCCUCCUCUGCACCCCAGCUGUUCCCAGACAUCACCCACUGCCACGUCAGGAAAGCGCACAUCAGCAUGGAUGCUUGGCAAGUACCUUUGGACCACGUCAGUAAGCGUGCUGACCGCUCAGCUCUGUACUUCUGUGGCUUCCCCACCCUGUGGCACAUCAAACACAAGUUCUUUAAGAAGAAGAGUGGGGUGGUGGUGUUCCAGCAGAGCAGCAGAGGGGAGAACAUGAUCCUGGAUAUCCUCCGCAGCCAGGAUGUGGAAGUAAAUUGUGAAGACGUUGCCUCACAAGUGCUGGGGAAGCCUGUGUUUGUCAACUGGCCCCACUUGGAGGAAGCUCGCAUAAUUGCAGUUUCAGAUGGCGACACAAGAUUUGCUCUAGAGGAACCUCCUGGAGUCCAAAAUGUGUACGACAGGCCGUCCACUCCCCCCCCGACCAAAGUCUCUUUUCUAUCUGACAAGGAGCAGAAGGACUGGGUGAAGGACGUCCAGGGAAUCACUGAACAUUUCAUGAAAAGAAAAGGCAUCAUAGUGAAUGAGACAGAGGUGGUUUUGUAUGGACAGCUGCUGACGGGGAGGAAGUAUGUCCCUAAAUCCAAUGGAGUGGUGGAACUGGAGAAGCAGUGGGCCAAACAGGUCCUCCCUUUUGCCUACCAGACAGUGGUUAAGGACAUCAAGGCUUUUUAUUCAUCCCUGACCUGCUUCACGAGCUUGGACGAGCUUUUUCCUCCAACAACCACCGUCUUCAUGGUGGGAACUCCGUACUAUGGCGCCAUGGGAGAGGUGCAGGAUUCUCAAGAUGUCAUUAAAGACGGUCGCAUACGAGUAGUCUUCAGUGUCCCUCAUGAGCCACAGAUGGAGCAUUUAAUCCAGAAUCAACAUAAAUACUCUGUUAAGUACUGUCCCGGGUACGUCUUGGCCUCUCGCCUGGGCAUCAGCAGCUACCUCGUCUCUCGCUUCUCUGGAAGCAUCUUCAUCGGCAGAGGCUCCAAAAGGAAUCCCUGUGGGGAGCAGAAAGCCAACGUUGGCCUGAACCUGAAGUUCAACAAGAAGAACGAGGAGGUUCCUGGAUACACCAAGAGAACGGAGAAAGAGUGGCUGUACUCUGCUGCUGUUGAGGAGCUGCUAGCUGAGUACCUGGACAGAUUUGCGGAGGUGUUUGACUUGGUGUCCAGAAACAGCCAUGAUGAUGUUUUCUAUGAGGAUGACAUCUGGCCCGGACAGGAUCAGAACGGGGCAGAGAAAGUGGCUGAAAUCACCUCCUGGCUAAAAGGUCAUCCAGUCAGCUCCAUCAGCAGGGCGUCAUGUGACCUCCAAGUGCUGGAUGCUGCUAUUGUUGAGAAGAUUGAGGAGGCAGUAGAGAGGACCAAGGUGAGGAAGACCACCAAGAAAGUCCGAGUGACAGUCAAGCCUCAUCUCCUCUUCCGGCCUCUGGAGCAGCAGCAGGGCGUGGUUCCAGACCCGGACGCCGAGUACCGGCUGUUCGACCGAGUCAUCAACAUCAGGGAGAGCUUCACCGUCCCGCUGGGACUCAGAGGAACAAUCAUCGGCAUUAAAGGAGCGGAGCGGGAGGCCGAGGUCCUGUACGAAGUGCUGUUUGACGAGGAGUUUGCAGGCGGUCUUAACAUCAGGUGUGCGUCGCCGCGUGCCUACCGCCUCCCUCCCUGUGCUCUCAUUAACCUUUCCCACGGAGCCCGACUGGACCACCACUCAUACAAGCUCACCGCCAUCGUCAAACCCCAGCCCUCCACUUCUGCCAACUCCAGCUCCCAGCGUCAGCUCACAGGCCUCAACCACUCGCCCCGCUCGCCCUUCAUACCCACACAGCAUAAUAACAAACAGGGCAACAGGAGCUCUCCAGCUAAAGGUCCCAACCAGAGACAGCAGGCUAAGGCAAGUGGUAAAGAGGAGUACAGUAAUGUGUGGGAGUCCCUGCAGAAGACGGGGCCUCCUAACAGACCCCCCGCCCAGUGGCAGAGCAAUACUCCAGCCGGAGGCAUCAGGCUGCUGAAGAAAAAUGAAGAUGCCAAGUCCCUUUUUCCCUCCAACAGCAUGUCUAAUCAGGCUUCGAAUGAAUUUGAGGACCUCCUUGCCAACCUGAUGAUCUCCAAGAGCCCCCAAACCAUGCCCCCUUCUGCUCCCCCGCAGGAAGCACAAAACCAGUCCGAUGGGCCGCUGUCUCCGCAGUCCUUCGCCAUGAAGGGAACGCUGGUGUUGAAGGAGAUGCUGAAGAUCGACGGUGGUGGACAGGGCAGCCGGUCCCCCCAGGAGGCCGCCCACAGCGCCGGCCAGCAGCAGAGCAGGAGACGGUCCUCCAAGAAACUAGCUGCCAAGCUGAACGCCCCCCAAAGCGAGGCGGCCCCCCUGCCCUCCACGCCGCCCGCCGGCUCCUCCGGCCCCGCCCUGACCAGUAAGGUGUCCGACCUGGCCUACGUGUGCGCGGGGAUGGGGAUGGCGCCGCCCGACUUCAGCUUCAUAGGAAACAGACAGCAGCCUUUGUCCCCUCAGGGUCUGGUGGUGUGUCAGGUCAAGCUGUCCAACGGGCUGAUGGUUCACGGUCCACAGUGCCAGUCAGAACACGACGCCAAGGAGAGGGCCGCCUUCUUUGCCCUUCAGAGACUGAACUCUGUGGGGUCGGGCUUCCCCCUCCCGCCCCCUGCUCUGUACCCAGGUAUGGGUCAGAUACGACCGCCGCCCAUAGCAGGCAUGACACCCGUCUUCAACCAGCAAGGUGGUUUGCUGCUGCCUCACCAGGGUUACGGCCCCGCCCCCAUGUGGGGAAUGGCUCUGCCCCCGCACCACCACCCCACCCAGCCGUUCUACGGGGCAGCGGGGACCUUCCCCGGCGCCGCCCGCUCCCAGCCGGCCAGCUCUGUCCCCAUUGGCUCGCACAACCAGUUCAUCCCCUUACAGGUGACCAAAAAGCGAGUGUCCGCCAACAAAAAGAACCACGAAACCCGAGAGUUCUACAGCGCCGCCCAAACCUUCGCCAAGAACCAGACGCAUAGAGUCCAGAACCAGAACUCUGGUCAGCAGCAGGCCCAGAGCCAAGCGCACCCGUCGCACCAACACAACAGUGACGCGUCCUCGUCCAAUCCCGGUUUGCCCGACGCCGUUUCCGCGGCAACAGCAGCACCACACACACCACCUCGGCAAAACACGCCGGCAUCAGGACACACCCCAGGCUCCGCCUCCAAGAGGAGGCACAGGAAGUUAGCCGUCAACUUUGAGGCUGCUAAAGUGUCGGAGUGAGCUGUGUGUGUGUGCGUGUGUGUGUGUGUGUGGGAG